AAAAAGGUUCAGUGAGUCCAAAGCAUGAAAUCUUUCAGCUUUUUUUUUUUAUCUUGUGCUGACUCUGGUUUUAAUACGUCUCCGAGUGUUACUAGGAAGUGACUGAAUAUUGUAGAUAUUCUUAUUUUGACUGUGUGUGUGUGUGUGUGUGUGUGUGUGUGUGUGUGUGUGUGUGUGUGUGUGUGUGUGUGAAUUUUCAGGUUGUAAUGGUGUACAAAUCUGUGGAUAAUAAGACCAUUCAAUACAAAAAGUACAUCUUGGCAAAGAUUGACAGAUUUUUCAUUUAUAUCGAUUAGAGAUAGAGUAGUCUUUUAUUAUUGUUGUUAUUGUUAUUAUUAUUGUUAUAACAACCCUUUUCAUUCCUAGUGUGUUGUCUUAACAGCUUGUUCAUACUCAGUAGCAGACUGCGCAUAUCUCACUGUUGCUAGGCAACUGAGAAACAUGAAUGCGGCUCACGGAAGCUAAUUAGCGACUGGGACUAAAUGUAGCUAGCAGCGCAAAACAAAGGCAGAUAAAAAAACUAAAUAAAAACUACAAAGGAUAUCCUAUGAUGUAUUUCCCUCAGAUGUGUUGGAGAAUUACUAAAAAAGACUCUAAGGUGCGAUUAAAAAUAUCACUAAUUCCCUACAAGGAGCACUGAAUGCUAACACGCCGCCAUGUUGACUACGUCAUUGUUGCGUCACGACUGAGCUAUGGAGGGGGCGGAGAUCUCGACUUCCGUAAUGGUGAAUACAACGAAAAAGGGGAGUCUUGCAAAAAUAAUUAAUAUAAAUACGUUGUGUAAUUUAAUAUAAUAUUACCAUAGUAGUAUUAUAGUACAUGAUACAUUCGUAAUAUAGUACACUUGGUAUUAUCGUAAAAAUUUUACGGAAAAAUCAUACGGAAAUGACGUAAGGUUUCCAUAACAACAACACGCAGCUCAGUUCCAGAGAGACGCACAGGGAGAGGCGGUGUGGAUGUGAGGAUUGUGAGCGUUUAUUUAAGUCAGUGAAAUAUUCAUCUUGUGUGUAAACAUUCACCGCUCGUGUGCGUCUCAUUAUUCUCAGCUGGACCUUAUCUUUCCUCAGCUUUAUCACCAGAGAAGGAGCUCAGCAAUGCUGGAAGCCAUUAAAGUUACUGUUACGAGGAGGAUGCAGAGGUUCGGUUUCCAGGAAAAUGGGACACAAAUAGCAGAAGGAGAGAGACAAUACAAGACUGGUUGAAGUGUCAUGUUUAUUUACAUCGGUUAUUUUUGUAAAUUGGUCUUUAAUAGAGCAUCUCCACUGGGCUGAAAAAGACAGGGCUAAGAAGUGUGUACUGAGUGUCAUGGAGAAGCCUGUGAGCCCAAGCCAGGUGUAUGUGGAACACUGGUCCUCCAGUUCCCUAAAGAUCCCGUUCUCCAGCAGCCUAGUCUUCCCCCAGAAAGAGGAGGACAAAGAAGGGAAGAGGCUCAAGCGCUCCCGCUACAGACAGUUUAAAAGAGCACAGCGCAUCGUCUCCACAUCUGCACACCGAGACGUGAGACCUCUCUUGCUGAUCAGAUCGGGAAAUCAGAGCUAUGGAGACAUCGGCCAAUCGCAGCUCUUGCAUUAUUCCUGGCCGGCGAACAAUAUAACCAUCCUUGGCAGUCAUGUCGACCUGUCUCCUCGUAAUGGUAGCCAGCUGAAUAGAGCUUCUCAACCUCGAGUAAGACUCCCUCAGCUGGCUAAAAGCAGUAGCGACGGAGAGAACUCCAUGAAGAAGCUGUGCAUCCUCACUGCCAUUAAACCAUCCAAUGUGGAAAGUGAGAAGGCCAAGUUCUUCAAGUCGGACUUCAGGUAUAACCCGCAGUUUGAGUACAGCAACCCGGCGUCACCGCAGGUUCUGGAAAAAUACAGCAAAGCCUCUGACUGCUUCCUCACACAGGCAGUGCGCAUCAUGGAGCUAGCUCUGUACAAGUACGGAAGUUACGAGAAGUUUGAGCAGGCCACCGGAGGAAGCUUGCUGAGCAGGGGCCGAAUCCGGGCCCACACUAAGAAGUACAUGGAGAAGGAAGGCUGCGUGGGAGAGAUAGUGGUGCACCUGACCGAUGACCUGCUCUCCAGAGCCUCCAUGACCGUGGUGAACGGCAGACCGACUCUCACCAUCAACGUCUCCACGGCCAGGGAGCAGUGGCUCGAGGGCUUGCUGAGACACGAGAUCGGUACUCACUAUUUCCGCAGCAUCAAUAACAGCCAGCAGCCGUGGAGCAGCGGAGACGGGCGGAAGAAGCUCGGCCUGAAGCCGGUCAACCCCACCGAGGAGGGCCUGGCCAGCAUCCACAGCGUGCUGUUCCGCAGAGACCCUAGGCUGUGGCGCGCCGCCCUGCUCUACUACACCGUCCACCAGGCGGCGCACAUGUCCUUCGCUCAGCUCUUCCACGAUCUCGCACGCUUCCUUCACCAUCCCGACACACGCUGGGAUUACUGCGUAAGGGCUAAACGCGGUCAGACCGACACCUCACAGCCUGGCUGCUUCAAUAAGGACCAGGUUUACCUGGACGGCAUCCUGAAGAUCCUCAGGCACAGAGAGAAGAUCGACUUCCAGCUCCUCACUGCACUUGGGAAGGUGUCCUACGAGGAUGUGGAGCGCCUCAAGAGCCUGGCUGUGAUGGAGAACGUGCGAAUCCCGCACUUCCUUCAGGACCUGGAGCGUUACGCCGAGCAGCUCCAGAAAAUCAUGGCGGUCAAUCAGCUGACUGACGAAGAGCUCCAAGUGCUCGUCUGAGCACGCUGGGAGACACCCGUGACCUCUGAUUCCCACAAAUCUGUGUUAGUGUGACCAACCCUGCAUCUCUGAACCACCCAAGUGCCCUUUUUAAUCCAUUCAAAGACACCGCGUAUUGGUUCUAAAGGUAGUUUCCAUCAUCACCGUUAAGGGAAACGGGCGUUCCAGCAUGAACACUGACACACCUCACAGCGCCACCUAUCUGCCGUGAUCACAACUUAUGAUUAGAAAUAUAUACCUGUCAAUUUGCCACUCUGUUCAGGCCAGUUUGUGGGCGUGUCCCAAACGCUAGGAUUCGUUUUUUGCAUUGCUACUACACGGUCAGCCAUUUUAGAUAAGAUAAGAUACACACUUUGGGAAUUCCCUCAUUACAGCAGCUCAAUUACACACAAAGAGAAUAAAAAUAAUAAUAAGUACAUCCCAAAACGUGUUCUAGUCAGACCUUGUUUCCCGAAUUUUUGUUCUAAUCAGACAUCUCGGUAGUCUCGCGCUGUCGGUUUACUGAGUUAUACUCCGGUUAGUUAGCUAUAUUCCAAUGUCUGUGUGAACAAAGUGUAAAGUUAUGUUAGUUAUCUAUAACAUUACGCUACAGGUCCUAUGGCGGGCCUCGUACAUUCAUACACUAGCUUAGCUACAAAGUUUCCCUUUUUUCCUUCGCAGUGUCUACUGGGUAAUUAAACCAUACAAGAGAGGACGGAUUCGUGCGUUUGACCCGAGCAGUUAACCCACAAGUCAUGACGCUACCACCACACUUCCCUCUGGCGAUAUACGUCAGUUUAGAGUUGUGCGUUCACUGCAAGUUUGUGCUUGUUGAAGACGGUCGUGACAAGACUGUAGUUAGGUGCCCGGACAAUGUAGACACCAAGAAUAAGCUAGUUAAGGAUAUAGCCAGGCAGCACGACGUAAAGGUAAAUCGUAGCAAUGAAAAUAAGACGAAACGACCGAAUUUUCUUUACACGUGUUGGUGAAUUCUGAAGAAAAGGCUCUGUAAUUACACUGUAAUGCGACUCAGCGUCGAUUUCGAACCAUUGGACUUCCAUGGGUUCUACUGUAUUGAGAAGCAUCGAUGUGAAUCCUGAUCAAAAUAUUCAAACUUGUGAAAGUUGUUCACGUGAUAGUAAACAUGGCGAACAUACAGUAAACGUAGCAUUUGUACACUAUUCGAUUGGCUAAUUAUGAUGCAAUCGAAUGAGAUCUCUUCUUCCCGACACUAGCAUUUGGGAUACACCCCGCAUUUGAUCUUUCCUAUGAUACGUUGUUCUUUGUUGUUGUUGUAGAUGGGCAUUUCUGCGACUUCUUUAAAUAUUAGGUAUGAUGAUUUGUAAAUUUUAUCCAGCAGUUUUCAUCAUCGUGCUUUAUCGUCUUGUAGGAACACCGGGCGUUUCAAAUGAGGUUCCUCAACGUGUGAGGAACGUGUGGUGUUCUGAUGUUCAUGGACGUCUCAAACCCUAAUAAAUUUACUCUAUUCAUCGUUGUACAUAUGAUGAAAACCUUCGGAAAGGUCAACGUGUGUUGCUCUGCCAAAGCUAGAACAGUAAUCCACCGGCUAGCUACAGUAGCUAACUAACUAGCUGGUUCACGUGGGGUUUGAAUCGAGUUCUGAAGCCCGACCGUAUACGAUCGGGAGAGAUUUUAAGGCUUUUCCAAACCAUUUUAAUGGCAUGUGAAAAAAUUUUAACGAUGGAAAAAUAGCAACAAACAGCUAACAAGGCUUUUUCCCUGAGGUAUUUUGCUCACUGGUGUUAGCAUUUAUUAGCAUUAGAAACGCCAUUAGAUUGAAGGAAUACACACACACACACACAUAAACAAUACCAUCUGUCCAUAAAGUUCUACUUCUUGGGGGUGUGAAUUCUUAGAUUUCCCUCCUUUCGGAGUUUGUGUUAAUUUCAGAGCUCUGUAUACAGUAGUCAUCUGAUGACCGGCUCAGUGCGUCACUGCAGUCCUGCUACCACUGGAUGGCGCCCUCACACCAGCUCAGUUGUACAGUACAGUGGAUUGCAUGAAUUCACCCCUUGAACUUUUCCACGUUUUGUAGUUUUAUAACCUGUAACUGAAAUGGAUUUAAUGGAGAUAAUAUGUCAUGAAUCUACACAAAAUAUCUCAUACUGCUGAAGUGGAGGGAAGAAAAAAAACAACAACAAAACAUCAAAGUUGUUAUUGCAUAAGUAUUCACGCCCGUUGACGUGAAACCCGUAAAUUAGAAGUUGCAUAAUUAGUCCAUCUGUGUACUGUGGAUAGUGUUCCCGGAUGCCAAUAUAAAUGCAAAUAGUUUGUGCCUCAGAGUUUGAGAGAGAUCACACUUAAACAAACAGCAUCAUGAAGACCAAUAAGCUUUCACAACAGGUCCAUGAGUAAAAUCUUCUGGGAGAGUGUCAGGGUUUGAUUAGGAAAAAUCCACAAAAUGGGGAAAUCCUAUGGCUCAUCAUCAUUGAAUCCAUUAUUGGAAAAAUGGUCACAAGCGUGACGAGGAGUCCGUCCACUGAAAGAGUGGAAACGAAGAGAAAGGAGUCCGUAAAGAGG